AUGGAUGUUGACACAGAUGGAAGAAAGUCGCGUUCGCGUAGCAGAUCAGAGGGCUCCGAGUCGAAGAUGUCCCACGAUGGAUCUGCACACUCUAGGUCUAGAUCUAGAUCUAAAUCAGGAUCACGUUCGCGCUCGCGCUCUAAAUCUAGUUCCCGUUCUAGAAGUGGUUCGCGUGCUUCCUCGCGCUCGGGAUCACGAAGUUCCGGUCGUUCAAGGAGUGGCUCACCUGCUAAAACCAGGUCCCGUAGCGGUUCACCAGCUCGAUCCCGAUCUCAUAGUGGUUCGCCUGCUAAAUCUAGAUCUAGAAGUGGUUCACCUGCUAAAUCAAGGUCAAAGAGUGGUUCACCAGCCAAAUCGAGAUCCAGGAGUGGUUCACCAUAG